AACUAACAACUUUAGCUGGAGUAAAAAAGAGGAGAUUGAAUUUUACCGUACAACAUGAAAGCUCGCUCGCUCAGGCAGCUGCGCGCUCACCUCACCAAUGUACACAAGACGCGUUGUUUGAGCAUGUUGUGCCUGUUUUUCUUUAGGUCCCAGGCCAUGUUAAUUUGUUAUACUGUAGACUCUAACGGUGAGACCAUACUGCUCAGCACGCACGUGUUAGUCACUGCUCACGAGCGCAGCGCAUUGGGAGUUAGUUAUUUAUUUUACAUUUUACAUUACACUCAUUUUUGACUGUAAAUGUAUUCUAAAACACUCAAAGGUUCUGCAUUCAAUUCACAUAUUCGUCAAAAGUGUUUAAAGUAUAUUUAAGGUAUCAAAAACUAUGUUUUAUAUGCUAUUUUAUUUUUUUUUUUUCGGCCGAUUAAAUCGUAAUCGUAAUUUUUCUCUGAAAAUAAUCGGCAUCGGCAUCUGCACUCAAAAAUCAAUAUCGGUCGGGCCCUAACACAAACACACACACACACACACACACACACACACACACACACACACACACACACACACACACACACACACACACACACACACACACACACACACACACACACACACACACACACACACACACACACACACAAGCCCAAACGUUUCCUAGCAUCAGCUUGAAGGUGACAGCCAGAGCUCUCCGCGCCCGACCGCGUUUAGCCUGACCGAAGCUAUUGUCUGCAAGUAGAGGGACAGAGGCAGAUCUGGACGGGCACUUCUGAACGACGUUGUGCUGAUGUAUGAUGCUAUCACGCAGAAUAGAGCGAAAAAGAAGGGUGGGGGAAUUUGCUGGAAUGAGCUAUGUGUGCUCGCUGCUACACAGUUUGCCCGCAGCGAACAGCCGGUGGAUCAGUCAACCGGCCCGUCGUAGGAUCCGCCAGACGCAUCUGUCGGCCUGUUUGCCUAAACGACUACAGCCCUGCGUGGUGUUUUAGUGUUUUAUUGAAUGGAUGCCGCCCAAAGACACAGGGAGAUUGACAGGAAGGAUUUCCAGUGAUCAGCCUGUGUUUGUGUGUGUGUGUGUGCGAGUUUGUGGGACAUGAUUAACUGAAAGGACUGGGGCUCAGUUCGUCACCGCCUUGAAAGUACAUUGCUCUGUGCUAAAAACAGCACAAAACAUAAAUCAUCAUUCUUUAUUAACACUCAGAUGCCGGGCCAAGCAAAUUAAGUCAAAACUCCUAACCUCACGUAACCUCUCUCUCUUUCUCUCCCUCUCUUUAUGUCUCUGCUUGACUGCUUCUCUCUCUCUUUCCCUCUUACCCUCUGUGUCUAUUGCUUCUCUCUCUGUCUCUCUGUCUAUCUGUGUUUCAGUGGUGGUAACAUGCUAACAGGACAGAGGCUCUGCCACUCCAAGGCCCACCAGGACUCUGUCCUCUCUGCCCUUAACCAGCAGAGGAAGGACGGCCUACUUUGUGAUGUCACGCUGGUGGCCGGGGAGCAGAAGUUCCACGCCCACAAGGCAGUGCUGGCCGCGUGCAGCGAUUACUUCCGGGCCAUGUUCAGCCUCUGUAUGCUGGAGAGCGAGGCGGAUGAGGUCACCCUGCAGGGCGUCACUGGCGUCGGACUGGAGCACGCACUGGACUUUGCCUAUACGGGACAGAUCAUGCUGGACCCAGUGGUGAUUCAGGACGUUCUGUCCGCAGGGAGCCAUCUCCAGCUUCUGGAGCUCCUGAGCCUCUGCUCUCACUACCUCAUACAGGAGCUCAGCAAGGUGAACUACCUGGAGCUGUACCGCGUGGCCGACCUGUUCCACCUGCCCGCCCUGGAGGAGGCGGUGGUGGGCUUCCUGGUGGACCACCUGUCAGAGCUGAGCCGCACGCGGCCCGACGAGGCGCUGCAGCUGCCCUACCGCCUCCUCAGGGAGGUGCUGCGGAGCGACCGCCUCACCUCGCUCAGCGAAGAGGAGAUCUGGAAGCUGGUGGUGCGGUGGCUGGAGCACGACUGUCGCUACGGCUACGCGGAGGAGCUGCUGCAGCAGGUGCGCUACGGCCUGAUGGAGGUGGGCACCCUGCAGCAGCUGUCCCGGAGCCACCCGCUGGUGCAGUCCAGCGCCGGCGCCGGCGCCCUGCUGGAGGAGGCCCUGGACUACCACGCCGCCGUGUUCGCCCAGCCGCUGCGCCAGUCGCCGCGCACCCGCCCGCGCUUCCAGUCGCUCACGCUCUACAUCAUCGGCGGGCGCAAGCGCGAGACCAGCCGCGUGCGGGAGCUGCGCUACUUCAACCCGGCGGCGCGGCCGGAGCAGGGCCGCGGCAUCGUGGUGGCGGCCGGCGGCGGCGGCGGCGGCGUGGGCUCCAACUGGAGCGAGCUGGGGGCCAUGCCGGCCGGCCGCAGCCACCACUGCGUGGCGGUGAUGGGCGACUUCCUGUUCGUGGCGGGCGGCGAGGUGGAGCUGGGCACGGGGCGGACGUGCGCCGUGCGCAGCGCCUGCCGCUACGACCUGCGCGGCGACCGCUGGACGGAGAUCGCGCCCAUGAAGGCCUGCCGGGAGCACUUUGUGCUGGGCGCGCUGGGCCAGUACCUGUACGCCGUGGGGGGCCGGAACGAGCUGCGGCAGGUGCUGCCCUCGGUGGAGCGCUACUGCCCCCGGAGGAACAAGUGGAGCACGGUGCAGUCCUUCGACCGCUCGCUGUCCUGCCACGCCGGCUGCGUGGCCGACGGCCUGCUCUGGGUGUCAGGUGGUGUGACAAACACCGCGCAGUACCAGAAUCGACUGAUGGUCUAUGACCCGGAACAGAACCAGUGGCGGUCCCGCAGCCCCAUGCUCCAGCGGCGGGUGUACCACGUGAUGGCGCCCGUGCGGCGCCGCCUCUACGUGCUCGGCGGCAACGACCUGGACUACAACAACGACCGCGUGCUGGUGCGCCACAUCGACUCGUACAGCGUGGACGCCGACCAGUGGACGCGCUGCUCCUUCAGCCUCCUCACAGGCCAAAACGAGUCGGGCGUGGCCGUGCACGACGACUGCAUCUACGUGGUCGGCGGGUACUCCAUUUGGACCAACGAGCCUCUGGCGUGCAUUCAGGUGCUUAACGUGAGCACGGAGGGGAAGGAGGAGGUGUUCUACGGACCCACGCUGCCUUUCGCCUCCAACGGCAUCGCCACCUGCUUCCUGCCGGCUCCUUACUCCACCUGCCCCAACCUGCAGAUGCUGCAGGUGCCCCACCACAGGAUCGGGACGCUGUAGCCAGAGACAACACAUCCGUAGCGUCACCCUCCAGAGAGAGGGCUGGUUUAAGUGGGCCCCACGCAGCCCACACAUACCAUUUCUGUAUAAUCAAGGGCUAUGGUUUGGGAAGCUGCCAUCAGGACCUCUUCCUGUGCUGGGAGUACUGGUUCGGGCUGCCUGGACGGGUUCAACACUUGAGUUGCCCCGACAGGAGACACCGCCGGAUCCGACUUUGUUUGAUGUCCGCUGUCAAGGUGCCGCGCCAGAGAUUUUGUUAAGGUGCUAACCAAGAUACAAGAACAACUUGGCUCUUGUUAGGAGCCAUGCUGGUUUUCUGGGACCUUGGCUCCUGGCUGGCCAUGAACAACAGGACUGUUAUGUCUUCCGAGGAACUAACGGAAACAUCCCUGCGUGAGGUGAUUUAGGAAUUCAACUUUUUUUAUGAGAUAAACAAUGGAUUUGAGCUUUUUUUUUGCCACACUUGCAGUUAAACAGAGGCAAGUUCUACAUGUGAUUACAAUGUUUUUGUUUUUUUUAUAUUGCAUAGGGCUAAGGGAUGUUUCUGAAAUGAAAUGCUCCGCAUUGAUUCCGCCAUGCAUUGUACACAAGAUAUGCCCCUCUCCAUCACUGACUUGGUUAUACACCUUGAAAAGGAUUAAGACAUCUUUAGGUCCUUGGAAUAAGGGGAGGUUGGACAAAAUAACACAUUAUCAAUAAGUCAUUCAUCUAGUUAAUGAUCAACAAAGGCACUUAAAAGGUGGAUUUUUAUGUUUUCUGAUUGACUUUAAAUUAUGAUUAAUUAAAUUGAAAGUCAUGGUUCUGACGGGACAUGCACAUGUAGAUCUGGUUAAGGACAGGAUAAGAAUGAUUUUAUUGAAUGGCACUGUAGUAAAACUGCUAAACUUUUAAGUUUUCCUUUUUUUGCUAUGAAACUUGCCAUGCUGUCUUUGUUGACAAUCAACUGAUACAUCGCUUGCCAAGUUGUUGACUCCUUGUAACACUAUGUGUUAAUGAGCUCAGGACCUAGAACUUGCUAUGUUCAAAUGAGUUUGUACAUCAUCGAACAUACCAUAUAACCUCUUCAUUAUGUAGGUUCAUAUUAUUAUACUCUAUACAUGUGCUAAUCAUCUUUAUGUCAUUGUGUUCAUCAGGCCCAAUUUAAAUCAAGGGUCCCCCUACAGCCCAACAAAAAAGACAUAAUAUAAAUAUACAUAUAUAUUAUAAAUAUAUAACCAGCAAGUCGAUGUUUGCAAAUGAAAAGAUAUACCAGUCCGGGCAACAACAAAACACAACACACAAUGUUGUUCCUUUUAAAUGCAUACCGUUGAAUACGGACGGCUGUGGCUUUUGUGAGUCGUCAGCAUAAAAUGCAGAUGGAGAAGUAAAAAAAAAGGGCAUUAGCACCUCGUCAGUUGGAAAACGCCACGUCGUCCACCACUCUCGGACAAAAGUAAUGCAGCGUGUUGGAGAGAGAGCGUUCACAAUGUGCAGAGGUUUGAUAAGGUUGCAAAAUGACUAGCAAUGACAGAAAAUGGCUGUGUGUGAUUGUAUGCGGCGAGUGAGACUGGCGGUGAUUAGGUGCCAACUCGCCGCCCGAUUGCGAGAGACGCCGUGACUUGGAGAGUCAAAAGGAGAAAUGAAAAAAAAAAAAGAAAGGAAAUAAAUAAAUAAAAUGCUGCUCUUCUGGAAUCACUUUUUUUUCCUUU